GAAAAACUAGGCAAACAGCAUGUCUUCAGUUUUAUGUGUUUUCAAUCAUUACUUCGUGUUCUAACAGCCUCAAAGAAGAAGGGACAGGGAGUAAGGCUUGGACGGUGUUGGCUUAGUGUAACGAUCUGUCAUCUACGCCGUCAAAUACUCAUCAAAGACGAGCAGCGGUCUAGUGUGGCUGUAUCGCGCCCUUGUCCACGAGUAGACGGUCAUUGCAAACCCCACCUCUAGGGGUUAAAUACACGUUCACACGGAUUGGUUUUCUUAAAAUUGUGAAGUAAAAAACAAGUCAACAUGAUCAUACGGUUCAGCUGUAUACUAUUUCUUGCAAUUUCUGGAGUGUCGUUUUCAGAUGCACAGAGAGCCUUUGCUGGUGGAUUUGAUGGUGCUGAUUUCUUGAAUGUUAACAAUGGUGGCAACGAGCCGACGUUGCGAGGAUUUGAUCCAAAUAUGAGAAUUCCACGAUUUCAAAACCGUCGUUUAGGCGAAUUACCAAGACCAUUACAAAUUGAGGUUAUAAAUGCACUGAUUGCAAAUGGAGUUAGAGGAAGUCGUGUUAACAAUGGAUUCACUGCUGGUGUUGGAGGUGCUAAUAAUGCUGCUAUCAAUACCAGACGAUUCACCAUAAACGGUGCUCAAGGUCGUACCUUUGGUGUGGACACUCUAACAGCUACCGGUAUGAACGGCGGUGGAGUAGCAGGUCGUCGGUUUACGGUCAAUAACCGGUUUGGCGAUUCUCUUUCUACAACAAGAAUCGGAAGAAUUCCACCACCAGGAAAUGGCGGUCAAACGAUUGACCUAGCAGCAACACGAGCAACUGGAAGAAUUGGAGGUAGACCAGCCGUUCGUACAACGACACGAAUCACUGGGGGUAUGCCUCGCAGUGGUAUUUUGGGAGGUUUAGGUGGUAAUGUGGAUGACUUGUUCUUGGAUCCUGUUUCUGGGAGAAGAGUUUUGGUUCGUCCUAUUGGUGUUGCUAAUAACCUUGUCAAUCAGAGAACCAACGGUGAUGGUGGUAUUGGAGGCGGAUUUACAGACCCAGCAGGUGGAAACGGAUUCCGAAGACUACCGACAUCUACCUUCGCAGGUGGACCACAAACAAACCUCAGAAGAUCACAGCUACCAAUCUUCCCACCCGGUGGAAUGGCAGGAACAAUCCGAAAUACAAACUUUAACAGAGGAGUCCCUAACGAUAGAGUCUCACCGUUCCCAUUCAGUGGAAUGCAAACCGAUAUGAUAAGUAACAAUGUGGCACCACAGCCUAUUGCUCUAAGCUCUCUGGAACCUUUUUCAGAGAAUUUCAUGGCAAGGCAGCAAUUCAACUUCCCACCUCCAGGUUUUGAUGCCGGAAGACCUAGGGUCCCACCAGCACGCCCACCCCCAGGAUUAGGGUCACUACCGGGACCAGAGUCACCACCAGUGCCCGGGAUAACCUUCCCUCGUCAGCCCCCUGUGGAUGUUAAUCCAAGCACGACCUCUGGUACAUCAGAUUUUAGUAACUCACUUACCUUUGAUUCCGUUAACCCAGCAUUAUUCAGCUCAGGCCCAGAUACCACUACAGUUGACUCUGACAUAAGAUCUAUUGCACUUCCUCGUGCCACAAUAGACAGAAUUCCAAUAACCCCAACAGUAAGACGAGGCUCGAGAAUCAACAUCAACCUACGACCUCUACGACCAGCUGGUGGAACCGCAGGAGCUAUUAGCAGCAUGUCACGAUCGAGAGGAUUCAAUGUGGAUGGUAACGUGGACAUCGAUAUAGGUGUGCCUACCUCAAUUAAUAGGGGCCAGGGAGGAAUUGGAAUCGACAUACCAGACACCAGGGCAACCAUCGACAUGACAAGUCGCGUUCCUGCUACAUCUUCCAGAAUGGAAACCACAAGAACAACCACAAGAUUCACAGGAGAUUCGACAGGAGUAGCAGGCAGUAGGAUUGAUCCGAUAGAUAACACAAUAGAUAACACAAUAGACAGAAGUGGAGUAGGACUCGAUGCAUCUGCUGCUUCGGUUAAGACAACUUCGAUCAAGAAAAUAGGAGUAGAUGGCGUGACUGAUGUUGGUACUUCAGGUUCAGUAACUCGUACAACCACGACCACAACAACCAGACGACUGGCUGAAGCUGGUAUAACUGGAGACUCCGCACUUUCCAUUGAAAAACAGCUGAACGCAAUCGAACAACAAUUAGUGGCUGCAGCUGGUGUAGACAGACCUGUUUUUGCUGUUAUCCCAAUGAAUGAAAAGGCGAAUCAGGCAGAUUUCAAUGAAUUCCUUCGGAAUAUGACAAAUGCAAAUCAAGUGAAUAUCAUUAAUAGAAAGUCAACAACAUCAACAAAUACAGUUAACACAAUUGGCGGUGGAGUUGACAACUCCAUGGGAGGAAUGAUGACGGUAGAUGGCAAUAUGGGAAAUGGAGGUGCAGUAGAUGGUUCAUCAAGUAGCUUUAGCAGUUCAUUCGAAAGUUCUAGUUCAAGUACCAGAACGUCGAGUACAACAACCUCUGGAGAUACAUCAAUGGCGGGUAACGCAGGUGCAGGGACCGGGGGAAUAACAAAAAUUAAGAAAACCACUAUAUUUCGAAGAACAUCGCCGACAGGAAACGUAGGCACAGCAGAUGUCGGUUUUGACGGUUUUGGAGCUGAUGUUGGCGGAAGUAUGAGCACCUCUUUCGUCAACGACGGAGGUAUGAGCACCUCUUUCGUCAACGACGGAGUCACAGGAGGAUUUACAACAGGAGGAAUGGCUUCCGCGGGAACCAUGUCGGACGGAUCCGGAAUAAUUGACACUGGUUUAGUGGAUCCGGGUCCUGUAGAUAUGGGUGUUUCUGGUUCUUUCACAAACGGUGCUUUCCCAACUGAUUUACCGCCAAUGAAUGACGUCACAGCCAUGCCUGAUCCGAUGCCAUUGUAAAAAAAAUUAUGACUUUUUGGUUUGAAACAAAUAUAAUUGCAGCAGAUGUACAUAACAAUUAGCCUAGUUUUUGCAGAAACAA